GUCCCUCCCAUCCCUUCCGCGGCCGCCGCCGCCGCCGCGCUGGCUCCGAGGGGCGCGGCUUGCUGCUCCCCUGAGCCACCACCAUGUCUCGGGGUUCCUCUCCUACCUCUGUGGAUGACAAGACCUUGCUCCUGGAGUACCGAUGCCACCCAGUGCGGCCAGAGCCGCCCAGCCCGACGUGUGGCCCUGGGAAGCUCAGCCCCACCACGGCUCCCAGUGCCACCCCACUGUCCCCCCUGGGCUCCCCCACCUCGGCCGAGCCCCGCCGCAUCGUCCUGAGCACGCACAGCCCCGCCGCGCUCAAGGUGGGAACGCAGCAGCUCAUCCCCAAGAGCUUGGCUGUCUCCUCCAAGCCCAAGAACAGCCCCUCCCGGCCCCAGAGCUUCGGGGCCAGCCGGGAGCCCCUGAGCCCCGACCCGAAGCGGGCGGCCGUCCCCAUGCUGGCCCUGGACGGCGAGGAUGAGGAUGAUGGCGGAGGGGCCCUCAAGCGCAACCUGAGGAACAUGUCCUACCGCGCGGCCAUGAAGGGGCUGGGGGCUGACAUGGAGCCAGCCAAGGCCCCACCAUCACUGAAACCCGUGUCUGAGGAUGGCAGCACCCUGCCCGACCGCAGCCCCGGCAGGAGCAAGAGAACCCUCGGGCGGAAGCGGGUGCAGAAGCGUGGUGGCUCCUUCAAGGACCAGCCCCGGCUGUACCAGGAGAUCCGUGAGAGAGGCCUGAACUCUGUCAGCCAUGAGUCAGACGAGGACUUGCUGGAGGAGGCCCUGCCAGAGGAGCCGUCCCCUCUGGGUGCUGCCAUCGUGGUGCAGAGCUACCGCCCGGCCCAGGUGACCUGGAGCCAGCUCCCAGAGGUCCUGGAGUCGGGCAUCCUGCAGAGAAUCUCCCCCGAGGAGCGCAAGCGGCAGGAGGCAAUGUUUGAGAUCAUCACUUCUGAGUACUCCUACAUGCACAGCCUGAACAUCCUGGUGAGCCACUUCAUGAGGUCAGAGGAGCUGAAGGAGACCAUGACUCAGACAGAGCACCACCACCUCUUCUCCAACAUUGGGGACAUCCUGACAGUCAGCAAGAGCUUCUUUGAGGACCUGGAGAAGCGACACCAGGAGCACCUCCUGAUCCCUGACAUCAGUGACAUCGUGGAGGAACACGCCUCGAAACACUUCAACCCCUACAUCAGCUACUGCUCCAAUGAAGUCUAUCAGCAGAGGACACUGGAUAAGCUGCUAACCACAAACCCCUUAUUUAAAGAGACCCUGAAACAAAUUGAAAGGAAACCAGAGUGUGGAGGCCUGCCAAUGAUCUCAUUUCUCAUUCUGCCCAUGCAGAGGGUAACACGGCUUCCUCUGCUCUUAGAUACCGUGCAGCAAAAAACAAACGCGCGCACCGCAGCGUACGGAGCUGCCACCCGCGCUGUGAAGGCCAUCAGCAAGCUGGUCAAGAGCUGCAAUGAGGGAGCUCGGGCUAUGGAGAGGACAGAGCAGAUGUACACCUUGCAGAAACAGCUGGAAUUUGGGAAGAAGAAGCCUUUCCCACUGAUCUCGGUGUCCCGGUGGCUGCUGAAGCGGGGGGAGCUGCACCUGCUGCUCUCGGAGGAGCCCGGAAUCUUCCGCCGCGGCGCCGGCCGCCUCUGCCACCUCUUCCUCUUCAACGACGUCCUCAUCAUCACCAAGAAGAAGAGUGAGGAGAGCUACACGGUCAUGAACUACGCCACGCUGGACCAGGUCACCGUGGAGAAGGUGGAGAGCUCAGAGCCACCCUCCCCUCCUCCGGGCAAGGCUGGUGGGCACCUGCUGCGAGUGGUGCUGGAGAAGGACAGCGAGGGCCGGCGGGAGGAGGUGGUGCUGUCAGCAGAGACCCUGAGUGACCGGGCCAGGUGGAUUGCAGCUCUGAUGCAUAGGGAGAAGGAGCAGCCUGACACCACUCCCAAAGGAGACCUGAGCCAGGUGGAGAUCACCCGUGCCUACCUGGCCAAGGAGGCGGAUGAGUUGUCCCUGCAGCAGGCAGACGUUGUCCUGGUGCUGGGGGAAGAGGAUGGCUGGUGCUGGGGGGAGCGUUUGCGGGAUGGGGAGCGGGGCUGGUUCCCCCAGGCCUGUGCCAGGCCCAUCACCAGCCGUGUGGCCGCCGAGGGCAACGUGCGGCGCAUGGAGCGGCUGCGCAUCGAGACCGACGUGUAGGGGCAGCCCAGAGGGAGCCCCAGACCUCUGCAGACUGAGCCCACGGAGAGGAGGCAGCAGCAGAGCCUUUCUUCUUAACUGUGCUUGUGCCACGUGGCAGAUCUCAUCAGCCAGGAUAGAGUUGUGUGGCAGCAGUGACGCAGCAGCUCCUCUGUGAGAGCUGGCACCGGGCACUCCUGGCAGUGCUGGCACUGGUGGCCUGGAACAGGCUCCAGGAGCAGCCAAGGGUUUGGCUCAGGUUGGGAAGCUGGAGCUGUUCUGGGCUCUGAGGUGCCCGUGCCACGGUGUCCAAGCUGGAGCUGUUCUGGGCUCUGAAGUGCCUGUGCCACCAUCUCUGUCCCUGCAGCACCUGCUGCACACCUGGUGUGGGGAGAGCACACCCCAGUCAGGCUUUGUUUGGAGCUUAAAUCCAUGUGCGUGGCUUAUUCCUCAGCCCAAUUUUUGCUGCUGUUUCUCUUUUUUCUGUCUCCCCCCUCACAAUAAUUCUUGGGCCCUUCGGGCAGAGUCGUGCCCUGCACAGGUGAGGUGAUGCCAGACACCUUUUGGUCACUUGAUGAAAUACUUGAUGCCAGAGUUGUUCCCAUGGAGUCAGCUCUGGGAUGUGCUCCAGGCAGAGGGGGAAGCAGGGGCAGGAUGAGGAGCAGUGCUGCCUUCCCCUCCUCCCAGCUGGGGAGGGGGCUCUGCCCAGGGCUCAGCCCCUCACUCCCCGUGCAGGGGACAUGGCUGCUACGAUUUUGGGGUGCCAAACUUCACAUUCACUGUUCU